UUUGGUACGUUCAAACCACAGGGGGCGCCAGGGUCUGUUUCGACCAUAUUAUUACAUGAAAAUACGGUGUGUGGAAAAGUGAGUGAAAAUGGCAGGAAUCGCGAAAAAUAUCCGCGCUUUGACGAGGCAGGCUGUGGUGCUGCGAUCCUUCGCCCUGAGGCCCGCAACAGUCGCCGUUCACAAAUGCUUAAAAUCAUCAAAUAGCCUCGUUGCCAGUAACCAAUUCCUCAUUAGCAAUCAGAGACUCGUGUCACCAGUAGAGCGGUGUUACAGCUCCAAGCCUCCGCUAUCACUGAAAUUAAUCACUGACCGGGUGCUCUUGGUCCUUAAGCUUUAUGACAAAGUCAAUCCUGAAAAGCUCACACUGGAGAGUCACUUCAUCAAUGACCUGGGCUUGGAUUCCUUGGAUCAUGUUGAGGUCAUAAUGGCCAUGGAGGAUGAGUUUGGUUUUGAAAUCCCAGAUAUGGAUGCUGAGAAGCUGCUAAAGCCUAAAGACAUAGUCAGAUACGUCGCUGAUAAGGAAGAUAUUUAUGAAUGAAGUCACCUUUGAAAUUUGUAGCUUUAGCAAACAUUGAUUAUUAAUAAGAGUACAUGUAUAAAAAAAAAAAAAUAUAAAAACAAAACACGAUGAUACAUAUUGUAAUUAAUAGUUAAAUAAAGUGUAUUCGCUCUGUAUUAUUCCCGGUUUUUAUUAAACAAUAAAAAGCUA